CCAACAUGGCCAACAAGGGCCCCUCGUAUGGCAUGAGCCGCGAAGUGCAGUCCAAGAUCGAGAAGAAGUACGACGAGGAGCUGGAGGAGCGGCUGGUGGAGUGGGUCCUUGCGCAGUGCGGCUCUGAUGUGGGCCGCCCCGACCGCGGGCGCCUGGGUUUCCAGGUCUGGCUGAAGAAUGGUGUGAUCCUGAGCAAGCUGGUCAACAGCCUGUACCCUGAUGGCGCCAAACCUGUGAAGGUGCCCGAGAACCCCCCGUCCAUGGUCUUCAAGCAGAUGGAGCAAGUGGCACAGUUCCUGAAGGCCGCGGAAGACUAUGGGGUGACCAAGACCGACAUGUUCCAGACGGUGGAUCUCUACGAAGGCAAAGACAUGGCAGCCGUGCAGAGGACUCUGAUGGCACUGGGCAGCCUGGCAGUGACCAAGAAUGACGGACACUACCGCGGGGACCCCAGCUGGUUCAUGAAGAAGGCGCAGGAGCACAAGCGCGAGUUCACAGAGAGCCAGCUGCAGGAGGGCAAGCACGUCAUCGGCCUGCAGAUGGGCAGCAACCGGGGCGCCUCGCAGGCGGGCAUGACGGGCUACGGCCGGCCACGCCAGAUCAUCAGCUAGAGCCCAGCUGGCCGCCGCGCCCGCCGCCGCCUCACCCACAACCUCCGCAGCCGAGGCCGAGCUUGAGGCUAGUCACCGGGCAAAGGUGACAACUGCACCUGGCAGCGCCGCACCCCCAAGUCCUCCCCCAGCACUGCGCCGGCUCCCCCCAGCCCCCCCACGCCCGCUGCCUCUCUCCCUCCUGGGCUCGGCAGGGACGGGCGGGGGGCCGCCUGGCCGGAGCAAGUCCACUGUCCUUGGCUGCCAAGUACCCGCUGAAGAAGACCCGACUCGACCUCCCCCCUACUAUUUUUUUGCUGGAAUUUUUUUUUGGGGGAGGGCUUGAAAUUCAAAAGAGAAAAAAAAUAUAGAUACAGUUGUU